AUGGCCCUUCCAGCCCCUCAGAUCCAGAUGUUGGAAAAGGCAGACUAUACGAAGCAACAUCUGAUCACUCUCCAUGACGCCUACCCUCUGCCUCAGCUGACGGCUGGUGACAUUCGCAUCCGCAGCCGCAUCAUCUCCAUCACCACCAACAACUUUACAUAUGCUCGACUUGGUCAUCUACUUGGCUGGUGGGAUGUCUGGGCCGUGCCUCCGUCUCUUCCUGCGCCCUACAAUGACACCUCCAAAUACGGCCGCGUUUCGGCAUGGGGCUACUGUGAAGUGAUUGAGAGUCAAAACGACAAGGUGCCAAUCGGAACCAAGCUGUAUGGCUACCUCCCCAUUGGAGACUAUCCCGAGAUACUCCAGGUAGCGGUGGAUGAUGAUACCGGCCAUGUCCUGGAGAUCAACACAGACCUGAUGGCAGACAAGUCCUCUCGCGGAUUGGACUCGGCCCUGCUGCCAUUCUUCGAGACGAGUUACUUACUGAACCGAUAUGCCUUUGCUUGGGACUCGACAAAGUUGACGCAUCCUCUGGGCCUCCCGCUUCCCUGGAGCUCAGACGAUGCUGACCUUGCAAAUGCCGUGGUGGUGAUGCUCGGGGCAUCGGGAAAGACGGCACUAUCCUUCGCAUAUCAGCUGCGUCAGUCAAGGCCCGUUGACCAACAGCCUCGCAAGCUCGUGGCAGUUGGAUCGGUUGCAUCGCGGAGCUUCACCGAAGGUACUGGUCUGUUUGACGACGUGAUGCUGUAUGCAGAGGCUUCCAGUGCCACGGAUGCGACCAUUGCGGCCAGGCUUGGGAUUGAUGCCAACACCAAGGUGCUGCUCAUUAAUUUUGCUGGUAGAGGCACGGUUGAUGAGGAUUUGCAUGCUGUUCUCACGCGUGUCUCUAAGAGCGUCGUUGUGCUUAUUGUUGGCGGCGAUCCGCAAGGGGGAGGAUCCAAAUUGGGCGCUCUAACGAAAGUGCCAGGCAGCGGCGUCGUCAUGUGUAAUGCCUCUGGUCUGCGAGACUCUGCCCUGGAAACUGAUGGGAUGGCGGCAUAUUUUGAGCGUUUCCAACAAGAAUGGAGCCGGUUCAAGGAGAGAGGAGCUGUCCAGGGGUUCAAGCUGCGCUGGGGCAAAGGGAUGGAAGAGUAUACGCAAGGCUGGGACUCGCUUUGCGCUGGGAGCAUCGAUCCAACCCUUGGCUUAGUGUAUGAAGUAUGA